UCGACCACGGCUCGACACUUCCACGACGCAUGUCGAACAUUAACCACUUGAUCAUGAUAGAAGAGACUGAAGAGUUUGUGUUGUAUAUAUAAACAUGGCAGAAAAAAAGAAGCGAAAUUUACGGGAUGAAACGCAUAAAAAGGUGUCUCGUAGAUUAAGCGGGAAUAUGACACCUGUUGUACAGUCAGAGAAAGGAAAGUUGAAGAUUGGUAAUUAUAUUUUGGGGACAACGCUAGGACAUGGAACAUUUGGCAAAGUAAAACUUGCUGAACAUCAAUUGACCAGGCACAAAGUGGCCGUGAAAGUUUUAAACCGUCAGAAAAUUAAAAGCCUGGAUGUUGUUGGUAAAAUCAGACGAGAAAUAACAAAUCUCAAAUUGUUUCGUCAUCCUCAUAUCAUUAAACUCUACCAAGUGAUUAGCACACCUACAGAUAUAUUUAUGAUUAUGGAAUAUGUGUCUGGUGGGGAAUUAUUUGAGUACAUUCUAAAACAUGGAAAGUCAGAGGAAAGUGAUGCAAGAAAAUUUUUCCAACAAAUUAUUUCUGGUGUUGAUUAUUGCCACAGACAUAUGGUGGUUCACAGAGAUCUUAAACCUGAAAAUCUGUUACUGGAUGAGCAUGGCAAUGUUCGAAUUGCAGAUUUUGGUCUUAGUAAUAUGAUGCAAGAUGGUGAAUUUCUGAGAACAAGUUGUGGAUCACCAAAUUAUGCAGCACCUGAAGUUAUAUCAGGAAAAUUAUAUGCAGGACCAGAAGUAGAUGUCUGGAGUUGUGGUGUCAUUUUAUAUGCUCUUCUUUGUGGCACUCUGCCAUUUGAUGAUGAUCAUAUACCAACUUUGUUUAGAAAAAUAAAAAGUGGUAUAUUUCACACUCCAGAUCAUUUAAGUCCUGAAGCAGUCAGCCUAAUUUCAACAAUGUUGAAUGUGGAUCCUGUAAAAAGAGCAACUAUACAGCAAAUCAAGAAUCAUGACUGGUUUAAAGUUGAUCUACCAGUUUAUUUGUUUACUGAAACAUUCCAUCCAACAACUCCAGAUACAGAUGCUGUGGAACAUAUUUGUGAGAGAUUUGAUGUGACAGAAAAAGAUGUUAUUGCUGCAAUAAACAAUGAGGACCCACAUAAUCAACUAAAGAUUGCGUACCAUCUUAUAUUGGAUAACAGAAAUAUCAUUGAAACAGCAUUCAAACGUCAGACACAACCUGAUAUUGCAAUGUAUUCUGUACCUGAUCAGAAAGUGGUAGAACCUGAGAUGAAUUCAGUGCCCAAGCCAACAUGUCUGUCUACUCUUGAACGGAAGAUACCAGCCGAUACUCCUCCCACUCCUUCGAAGAAACAUCCUUAUAUUAAGUUAGCUAGCACAAAGAAACCAAAAUGGCACUUAGGUAUUCGAUCACAAAGCAAACCUCAGGAUAUUAUGGGAGAAGUGUACAAAGCUAUGGUGUCGUUAGGAUAUUCGUGGAAAAUCAUCAACCCUUUUAAUCUCCGAGUUAUUCGGGAAAACGAAGUAACUAGGAAGAGUAUUAAAAUCGCAAUCCAGUUAUAUCAAGUGGACUCACGGAGCUAUCUUCUGGAUUUCAAAAGUUUACCUUUGGAGAGUGAAUCAUCUUCGCCUCGCUCCAGAUCCGGCAGUGCUUCGGCGCAUUCGUCAUACAGUAAUCUUAGCAAUGCUAGUGACUCUGCGGGAUCGAACUAUGUUGUAGCACAUCAUACAAUGGAAUUCUUAGAAAUGUGUGCGGACUUAAUUAUAGCGUUAGCAUGUUAGUUAGAAGUGUUUGCGGUAUGUAUACAGUGGCUAUAUUACAAUGUGCUAGUCUGUGGUGACCGUGGUGUAUCUAAUGACCUACAUUAAAAAGUAUAGGGUGGAGCAUUAAGCAUGGGUGCAUCAUCAUGCAGUUAAGAUGUGCCUUAUGUCUCGUUUUGAAUGACCUCAAUUCAUAAUCAAUGAGGCAAAUAUAUACCCUGAGACUUGACACUGGGCAGUCAAGAUUAGAGAUUUUAUACCAACGUGUAACAGUGUGAAAAUAGGUUACUAAUCAUUGUAAAUAAUACAAUACAUAUAAUCAAAGUGUAAAAAUUGUGAACAAUCUCCAAUAGAAAAUGUGUUAAAAGAUUGUGUGUAUAUACCCACAUUAUAACGGGAAAACAUUAAAAGAUAGGCAAAGUAAAAUUAUCGCAUUUCUCUGUUCCUUGUUCUCCUACUUUUAACUCAACUAGAAUAAACCUGACGAAAUUG